CAACGCAUUCACGUGAGUGCCCACGAACAUGUCGAGUCCACCUACGCUGCACGCGUUUUCCGCCGCCGAAUUGGCCGCCGUGCGCGCUGAGUUUCCGUCGCUUAGCAUUCCAAACCAGACCAUCUUCAUGGACAACGCCGGCGGGUCGCAAGUUCUCAAGCGCGUGGCCGACCGAGUGUACGAGUACAUGACGACGACGAGUGUGCAAUUGGGGGCGUCGUACGGAACAUCCGUGACUGCGCAGAGCCGCGUGGUGCAGGCUCGCGAGAGCAUCGCGACGUUGAUCAACGCCACGCGUAGCGAGGAGGUGGUGAUGGGCGGGUCCACGACCGGGCUCAUGUUUCUCAUUAUCCAAGCCAUCUUGCCCACGAUCGAGCCCGGCGACGAAAUCAUCGUCACGGACACUGACCACGAAGCGAAUGUGGGUGCGUGGCGUCGGCUCGCCAAAGCGGGCGCGGUCAUCAAGACGUGGCACGUGAACCCGUUGUCGCUGCUCCUUGACUUGGCUGACCUGACGGCGCUGCUAGCGACCUGUUCCCGUCUGAAAUGGGUGGCUAUGACGCACGCCUCAAACGUGUUGGGCACCGUCAACCCCGUUGCCGCCGUGGCCAAGCUCGUACACGCCGCUGGCGCGCGGCUGUCUGUCGAUGCGGUCGCGUACGCGCCGCACCGGCUCGUGGACGUCCAGGCGAGCGGCGCCGACUUGUACGUGUUUUCGUUCUACAAGGUAUUUGGCCCGCACUACGCCGUCUUGUGGGGGCGCUACGACCUGCUCGUGUCCCUCCCGAGCUUGAACCACCACUUCAUCGCGGCCGACAACUUGCCGUACAAACUCCAGCCUGGCCACGUCAACUUUGAGCUCAGCUACGGCUGCCAGGGCCUCGUCGACUACCUCGUGCACAUGGGCGGGUCUGUCUUUGGAUGCGACGGGUCGCCCCGGCAGCUCAUGCAGCAUGCUUUUCGCCGCUUCGAGCAGCACGAGAACGUGCUCACGGAGCUGGUGCUGGCGUUUCUACGGGCCAAACGCCCCCUCGUCCGCAUCAUUGGGCUCCCGACGCUGCAAUCCGAAGCCAACGGCACCGUGUACCAUCGAGUGGCCACCGUGAGCUUUGUCGUCCAAGGCAAGCAGUCCCCGGAUAUUGUCAGGCGUAUGGACGCGUUCAACGUGGGCAUCCGCCACGGAGACUUUUACGCGGUACAGCUGAUUGAUGUGCUUGGGCUCCGGGCGUAUGGGGGCGUCGUGCGGGUGUCGCUGGCCCACUACAAUUCGGUGGACGAAGUGCAAACGAUGCUGGGUCACUUGGACACGACGUUGGCCUAACAUUGAGGUGGAAUGGACGAUACACAAUUCCAUACACCCAAUGCAAUAGAUGCCAUUGGCCUUGUGUUGAGAGGCGUCGAUUACUGUAAGCCGAUUGGUUACAGUAUACGUACACCUUUUUUCUAUUGAGUUUUCAACGUUGUUGGCUUGGCGC